GCUCGGCCCGCGGGCCGUGGCGCGUUCAAACACGAGCGUGAGUACUCAUAAAUUGCUCCUUCAACCGCAGUACUGAUCUGGCAUCGCCACCCGCCCUAUUCUGAGCCCGUCGCGCUUCAGAGCAUCAUCAACCACUGCGGGACCACCGCCAGGCGUCUACGCCAUUGAUCUUGCGGCGGUGGCCGAGCGCGGCCGGAGUUUCCCGCGCGAGAAUCCGAAUGAAGCUCAUCCUGUUCGCCGCGGCGGCGCGCCUCGCCGCCGGUGAUGACUUCUGCGUACCGGCGGCCUGCCGCAAGCUCGCGCCGGGCGCCGAAGACGAGCAUAGUAUGAAGAACCUCGUCGGCGACCUCGAGUGCUGCGCUCCGCGGGAACGCGCCGGGUGCGCCGACGGUUAUCGUUACGCGACGCGCGGCAAGUGCACGAGCGGCCCCUGCGAGGAGUACGCGACGUGCUGCGUCCAUUGCGUUGAUGGAGAGGCGUGCGCCCGCGUCGACGCGGCGCGGUUCGGCCAGACGGCCAGGCGGGAUUGCGGCUCCGACGAUGCUAAUUAUAUCCGGGUCUGGAUCGUCAUGGCCGUCAUGAGCUUCGUGGCGUCGAUCGGCCUCCUGGUCUGCCUGUUCGCGCAGUACCACCGCUCGGAGCAGCAGAGGCGGCUCCAGGUGAAGCGGGACACGCACGCGCCGGCCCGGAAGUUCUCGCUGGCCGUCGUGGAGCUGCUCCCGCCGGACCUGGAACGGGGCGCGACGCCGCGCGUGGAGGCGCGUUCGCUUGAACCGCCCGUCGGCGAGACGCGCGGGCCGUCGGUGUGGGACCCCGACGGCGACCCGCGCGGCGCGUACGCCGUGCCUGCUUGCCCGCAGUGCUUGACUCCGUGCCGGUGCGCUCCUAAGGCGUGCUCGGAGCAGGACCCUUGUCAUGCAAUCGGCGGCCACGUCGCGGCCCCCGAGGCCGAGUCUAUGGCCCGCGAGGAGGAACUGUCGCGGUCGACGCCUCCCGACUGCGCCCUCGCGGCGACGCCGUCGGCGCCUCCCGACGGUGACCUCGAGGCGGCGACGCAGGCGGCGUACCCAAGGUCGUGCUCCAGACGUACCGCGGCGGCGUCCCUAUCGUGGUGCCUUCGACCGAUUGGCGCAACGGUAGCGCGUCAGAUUCCAGUCCUGAAGGUUACGCGUUCGAAUCGCGUAUCGGUCACUUUUGCCCGCAAUAGGCUCACCGCCGACGGUACACCCACAGGCACGGCUCCCGACCUCGAGGCGGCGACGUAG